AUGGAGAAUCUGAGUAUUCAAAAAAGCGUUUCUCCGUCAAGGAGAUCUGAUUUUAGGGCAUAUAAUAAUUCACUAAUAAAUUACACCCUAAUGGAUUCUUCUAUUAAUAAUUCCUCGAUUUUAGAUAAUUCAAUGAGGUUGGAUAAAGAAAAUAAAGAAAAAAAACUCCAAAAAAUAAAUAACAAUAUUAUUAGUGAAUAUGAGUCAGGAAGACAAAGUGUUGUUUUUACACAACAAAAAUAUAAACAAUUGUUAGACGGGUUCUUAUUAUUUGUCCAAACAAAUAAAUAUAUCCAUCAAAAAAUAACAGAAUUAAGAGCUGAUGCUACAGAAGAAUAUAAUAAAAUGAUGGAUAAAAAUAUACCUAACAUAAUAAUACAUCAAAGGUUGAUAUGUAAUAUCAAUAACUUUCAAACGGGUAAUGAACAAUUCGAAUUAUUAGCUAAAUGCUUAAUAAAAGAACCAUAUUUAGCAUUACCCGCUUACCAAGCUGCUAUAAAAGAGUUAUGGAAAUCUCAAGAUAGUAAAAUAGAUAUAGAGUGUCCCAAAAUUGGUAUAUCUGGAUGGUUAGGUAGACAUCAUGUAACUCCAAGAGGUUUACAAAGCUCAAUGAUUAAUAAAUUAGUUGCAGUAGAAGGUGUAGUAAACAAAUGCUCCACAGUUCAACCUAAACUAGUUCAAUCUGUUUAUAUUGGUGAAGCAGUACAUGACAUAAAUGCAGAUGUUAGAAGUGAAGAAAAAACUGUUCAUUUAAGACCACAUUAUGAUAUAACUGAUUUUGAUAAAACAGCUAAAGAUUCUGGAAGACCUCCAGCCUCAGAUCCAGAAGGAAAAAUCAUGCACAGACAUGAAAUAGGAUUAUGCAAAUAUAAAAACCAUCAAAAAUUCGUUAUUCAAGAAACACCAGAAGAUGCACCAACGGGGCAAAUGCCGAGAUGGGUAGAAGUAAUAGUAGAAGAUGAUUUAUGUGAUAUUGUAAAAUGUGGAGAUCGUGUCAGAGUAUGGGGGGUUUAUAGAGCUAGCUGUGGGCAAGCCAAUAGCACUAACAGCGGAUUAGGUAGAUCAUUUUUAAUAGCCAAUAAUGUUCUAGUUAAAAAUAAAGAAACAUAUGAUACUAAUCUAUUUAUUUCUGAAGCUGAUAAAAAAAAUUUCCAUGCAUUUGCAAAAAAACAAAACACUAUAGAUAUAUUAGGUUAUUCUUUUGCCCCUUCUAUAUGUGGCCAAGAUAUUGUAAAAAAGGGAAUUGUACUUAUGUUAGCAGGAGGAACAGAACGUGCAUUACCUUCUCAUCAUAUAAGAGGUGACAUACAUAUAAUGUUAGUUGGAGAUCCAAGUUGUGGUAAAUCACAAUUAUUACGUUAUGUUAUGAGUAUUAUGCCAGGCACAGUUUCAGCAACAGGCAGAGGUUCAUCAGGUGUUGGUUUAACAGCCGCUAUUGUGACUGACCAAGAUACUGGGGAACGUGUUGUUGAGGGAGGUGCUAUGGUUAUGGGUGAUAGAAGAGUUGUAUGUAUCGAUGAAUUUGAUAAAAUGCAACAAACUGAUAGAGUAGCUAUUCAUGAAGUUAUGGAACAACAAACAGUUACUGUUGCAAAGGCUGGUAUACAUACCACAUUAAAUGCUAGAUGUACUGUUUUAGCAGCAGCUAAUCCAUUAUAUGGUUGUUGGAAUGACUCACUUGAUAUGGGACAACAAUUACAAUUUGAACCAUCUUUACUUUCUCGUUUUGAUUUAAUAUUUUUAGUUAGAGAUAGUACUACAGAACAAGAUGAUGAAAGAAUUGCAGAAUCUGUUUUAAGAAAUGUUACAGAAAAAGCAAAACCAAUAUUAAAUGAAAAUAGAAAUAGCCAAAAAAAUUUUGUUAUACAAGCAGAUAGCUAUGAUAUUAAUCAAAAGGCUCAACAUAUUAGCAUAUACAACGAAAGAGAAGUAAAUAAUAAUAAUAAUGAUCCAACAAAUGCCCAAGAUAAUGAAGAAUUUGAAACUCCUAUAUUUGCAAACAGAGAUGAAAUGAUAUAUUAUGACAAAAAUGGUAUAGAACAUGAAAUAUUAACAGUCCCUUUUUUUAAAAAAUAUUUACACUAUGUUAAAAAUGUCUUUUAUAAUGAAAAACAAAGAACUGAUGGAUGGAAACCAUAUCCUGAAGUUAGUGAUGAGGCAUGUGAAGUGAUUACCGAAUUAUAUGCGGAUUUAAGAGAAAAAGCUGCUAAAUAUUCACAUAACAAAAUUAUACAAGGUGUUACACCAAGAACUUUAGAAGCCAUCAUUCGUAUAGCCUCUUCCCAUGCUAAAUUAAAACUAAAUAGAUAUGUAACAAGUGUAGAUGUUAAUUAUGCAAAAAAAUUAUUGAUGUAUACUUUAUUUGGCGAAGAAAUUGUAGAAUCAGAAGAUGAAUAUGAAGAGGAGGACUAUGAUGAUGAUGAUGAAGAAUAUAUUCAUAAACCGCAAAAUAAAAAAAAUAAAACCAAAUCAAAAAAAAGAACUUCUGAAAAACAAACUACUAGUAGAAAAAAAAAUAAAACAAAUAAAUCGACAGAUAACCAGGACAAUGGCAAUCCAAUGAUAGAUGACCAACAACCUGCUAGUGCUAAAGCUACCCCACUUGAUGUUAAGGAGAUAGAAAGAUUGAUCGUUGAAAAUGUUACUCUUAAUGACCCUGGCGAUGGAUUGCGCGAUGAAGCCCUCCUCGAUUUGAUCAUCUUGGGCAACAAAGAUAAAAUGCCUCAGAUAGCCAAGUUGGAUAUCUCGACCCUUCGCAAAAUUAUAAAUUCCUUGAACGAGAUGGACGGUGCACCAAUUUAUUAUGUCAAAAAGGACAAAAUAGUUUAUAAAUGCUGA